UACAAGUCAGUUGAACACGUGGUGAUUUCAAAUGUCCGAGACUUCGCACGUUCACCUUUUUGUUUCGUUUAUCAGAUUAUUUUUAUUUCAUGUUCUUAAUUGCCUUGUUAUUCAAACUAAAUACUGGUUGGUGUAUUGGAUCCUUGGAAAUUAGCUCAACACUUGGCGAAGCAACGAAAAGAUGACAUACCAUGAAAAUUCUUUUGAGUCUAUAAAUGAAAAGCGUAAUUAUUUUGGGCUGGAUGAUGCAUCGAAUAUUCGACCACUUUAUAAAAACAAAAUGCAUAAUCAGUGUCGUCUUACUGGUCCAACUGGGCAACAAAGUAAUGGGUCUGUACAAGAUUUAUCUACAGAUUUCCUAGGUUAUGACUGGAUAGCCUCUAUGGUAGAUAAUCAGAUAAGGCCCAUAUGCACAAACAUUUCAAAUCGCCAAGUAAACGUAUCAGCAAAUUACUAUAUCGAUGAUGAAGAGUGGUUAAAUCGACGGGAAUUUUUCGACAAACUAAAUGCAUUUCGUCAAAAAAAUUCUGAUCUUUGCUGUUCACAACGACCUUUGAGCCUCCAUAAAACAUCUACGAAAAUCAACCAUAACAAGUCUACGUUAAUAAAUGUUAGACAACGUGUACGACCGUUGCCGCCAAUUAGAACAAAUAUUAUUCCUCAUAAUGAAAAUAAAUUAAAACCCCCAACAAUUGUGCAAAACUACACAUUAAAUUCAAGAUUAUUCCCAGUGAGAACAGAUGUCUUAGCUUGUGAUGGAAAAUUCGAAGAAAAAGCUGUUGGUCCGAUAGUUCUAAGAAUUUCGAUUCCGUCUGAUCGUUUGAAAAAUACAAAAUUCCUAAAUGAAUCAUUUAAUAUUUGCAAAAAACAUCCAUUAUCAACAUCAUAUCCAUUUAAAAAUACUAUCUCUCUAAUAGGACAUUGUGAUUAUUCAGUGGGAACAAAACGUUCGCAGUAAAUAUCUAAUGUAUUCAAACUACCAAUUAUAUCCUGUACAUAUGAUGCAUUUUUAUCUACACUAUUGUUAUGAUAAAAAUAAUAAUGCCUAUGCAUGAUGGAUAAUUUAAGAAUGUGUAUUCUCAUUUUGUUUUGUAAAUAUUGUAUAUAUCAGUAUGUUUUUCCAAAAUUAUUAUACUUUUUCAAAUUAAAAUUAAUAUGAUAAAUGUGAAGCCUUUUA